GACUAUCAGAUGAACUAUGUAUAUUCUUGUUUUCGUCUUCUUUCUUCGGAACUACUUCACGGGAUUCCAACCUGGGCGAGUCCCUCCCGCUUUCGGACUGCCCAGCCGACCGUUUUCCGCGCAAUCGGGACAUUUUGGAGAAAUCACGCCCAGCUUGCCGCACCGGAAACAAAAUCUCCUCCACUCCACUCGCAAUCUUGGAAUCCGUGUUCUGCUGCAGGUAAGUAGCACGCCCUCGACGACCGAAACUCCUCUCUACUUCGACGCACUCCUCCCGAAGUUCGUCUACCGCGUGAGGCGAGUUGCUGCAUCGCAUGGAUGUAGUCAUCCGCGCUCUCUCCCGGCUGUUGCUCACGUUGAAGAAGCUCGUGCAUCCUUUCGUGUUCCGUCUGGUGGCCACGGAACCGAUCCAUCAGAGCCCUGCGCAGCUGGGCCCAAGUGUCCAUUCUGGACUGGCGUACAUGUACCCAGUACCACUCCUUCGCUCUGCCCGAUAAGAGAACGUGGAAGUUGCGCAGAACUUCACUCCACGGACAUUGAUGCUGCCGCUGCAGGAACUCCAGACGGAACACGAAGUCGUCCACGGAAUGGCCAUCGUCCUCGCCGCCGAAUGAGAGGUUCCAGCGGUCCACUCGGAUGUAGCGGUUUCCGUUGCCGGCUCCCGCGUUGGCGUAUAACCGUGGCUCGUCCCGAAAAUCCGCCGUCCUUCGAUCCUCGAUGCGCCAUGGCCGUGCGUGGCGAUCGCUCCUGCCUGCCGGAUGAUACUGCGGUUAUUGGCUCAGGCUGCUGUCGAUCCCUGGCGAGUCAUUUACCGGCAGUCGAGGUCGCUGCCUGGGCGGCAGAUCCGGCGGCCUUCGGUCGCAUCCUCCUGUCUCCUGCCGCUGCUGAAUUUCCGCUGGACCAUUUGCGCCGCCUUCUGGACACGACGGGGUGGGCACCAUCGACACUUGGCGACUCGCGCCCUCCUGAAGCGGCUGCGGCUUGCUCUUGGCUGGCCUCAGGACGUCGUUCAACAACUUCAUCAUGUCGACGAAUCCGUUCUUGAUUUCUUUCCGCAACGCCUGGCUCACUCCUAACUCCUGUGAUGCGCGAUAGGUUUGGGCAGCCUGUGCCAGAGCUGCGUUCAUCGCCGACUCCGCCGCUGUAUCCCGUUCCGUGUUCAGCUUUUGCGGACUCUUCUGCUCCGGAACCAGAACUCGAUCAUGCGCCUCGACAAUUGCCUUCAAAUCCAGGACUACCGCCUACCGGCGUUCUGGGUAAACCCCCAGCCAGCGAAAUCCGUGGCAACUCCGCAGCACCCUCUACGUCCGUGUACCAGAUGUCGUCCUUUUCGUCGCCAGGAGGACCCGUCGACCUUAGCUGGUGGCCGUGCCUAUCUCUGACGUCCUUACCCUCGGACAUAAUUCCCAAGAAUUUUUAAAUAAAUAUUUAAUAACUACUAAUUUGAUAAUAAAUAAAAUGAUAAAUAAAUAAAUAA